AUGGCCUCCUCCUGCCCCCGCACCCUCGCCGGCGGCGGCGCUGUAGUGCCCGCGGCGGCGCUGCUACUAGGAGUACUACUAGUCCUACGCGUGGUCGCGCCGUCGGCUGCUGCCGUGGCCGUCGCCGGCGGCUGCGACAACCUCACCGCCGGGUUCGUCCAGGUGGAGCUCCCGGAGGGCAACUUCGUGGUGCAGAGCCCCUACGACGUGCCGGAGAACCAGCGCUACAGCUACGACGUCGCCACCGGAGUGCGCACCUUCUGGGUCUACGCCGACGACAAGCCCUUCAACACCGUCACCGCCACCAAUCCUCGCACCGAAGUCCGCCUCACCGGCCAUGACUACUCGUCGGGGGUGUGGCAGUUCCAGGGCUACGGCUACGUGCCGUCGGGGACGUCGGGCACGUCGGUGAUGCAGAUCCACAACGAGGACGCCGGCGCGCGCGCCACCACGCUGAUGCUGCACGUCUACAACGGCACGCUGCGGCACUACAGCGGGGCGGCGGUGGAGGACAACAUCUACGACCGGUGGUUCCGGCUCAACGUGGUGCACGACGUCGGCGCGUCCACGGUGGCCGUGUACGUCGACGGCGGCGGCGCGCCGAGGCUGGUCGUGAACGUGACGCCGAGCGCGUUGCACUACUUCAAGUUCGGGGUGUAUGUGCAGCACUACAACGUGUCCCCGCGCGUGGAGUCACGCUGGAGGAACAUCACCGUCUACACCAAACCCAACUAG